GGCUAUUUCCAGUGAAAUGGCCAGCACGAUUUUCGCCGUUCGACCGCAGCUGCGAAGCUCACGCUGCUUCCCGCCUAUCGCAUCAGGAAGCCAUGUUCCAGGCCAGCCGCAAGAGGACACAGGGCGAGGCUGGAGGCAAGUGCCUAAAGCGCCGCAACUCUGUGGCGAGCCCCGCCCGCACCCGCGCUGCCCGACGCAUCACCUCAGUGUCGCGGCCGGCCAUCUCGGAGCUGAACAGCAUCGUGGUGAAUUUGCACCGCCGGCCGGACCGCAUGGAAGGCUGCCGGCAACGGCUGGAGCAGUUCUGCCCCCAGCUGCCCUUCCAGCGCUUCGACGCCACGGACGGACGCCAGGUGCAGAUUCCGCUUGAGGAAGUGACCACUUCCUGGAACACUGCCCGCAACGUCGGCUACCAGAAGCAGCGAGCGAUCAGGAAGGGCUGGGAUGACCUGGAGACGUAUCAGGUGCGGCAGCUGGAGCUGAGCGCCGGGGAGCGGGGCUGCGCCUCCUCCCACAUCCGCGCCUGGCAGCACUGCCUACAGCAGGCCGCGGGCAGCGACCGGCCUUUGCUGGUGCUGGAAGAUGACGCGGCCCCCACCGCGGAGUUUUGUGAAGUCCUGGACAGCGCUCUUGGCGCCCUGCCAGCAGACGCGCAGCUCCUGUACCUGGGCUACUCGCAAGCCGCCGAUUGGCGCAGGCAGAUCAGCCCGCAUUUGGUGGAGUCCUUGUACGUGUGGACGACUGUGGCCUACAUUGUGUGGCCCGCAGGAGCGCGACACAUGCUCGCGCAGCUGCCGGUGAAUGAGCCGGUGGACAACUGGAUGGCGGGUCUGUGCGCGGAGGAGGGCCUCAAGGCCUACUGCGUGAGGCCCAAGAUCGUGCUGCAGGCGGACGCCUGGAACGUGAACUCCGAUGUAGCGCACUCCGAUGAGCACUAUUGGGGGCCCAACUCGGACAUUCAGCAUUCCGACGCGCUGUACUGGGGCCCCGGGCAUCCGGAAGCUGGCGGCGACCCCUCAGGCGGCUUGCUGUGGGACUUGGAUGGCUCCGAGUCGGAGGAUGAGGAGCUGUGACCGGCGACUGACUUUUUCACUUGCCACUGGAGUGAUCGCUAGAUAGGGCAGCCAGUCACUUGCAUCCGGCAGCCGCGGAGAUUGCGAUUUUGUGUCA